AGUAACGAAAUAUCUUCGUUUGCAAAUGAUACUUCUGGAAUAAUCAGCAACAACUCAGUUCUACAAAAAGCGCUGUUUAUGAAUAAUAAAAAGAGUAAAAAUGUAAUUCCACUCAUAAAAAAAAAAGAGUCACGAGCUGAAAUAUCAACUGAAGAAGUAAAGAAGAAAUCUAAAUCACAUACUGUUAAGAAUACAUUUGAGUGCAUACCUAAAGCAAAUUUCGAGUCUGCAAAAAUUUGCACAAACAAGCUCUGACCACCAGUUCAAAUCUGAGCUUAUUUUGAGAGACUCAAGUUGGUCAAAGACUUCUGUGAUGACUCUUCUGAUCAAUGAGCUGAACAGUUAUGCCAAAUUAAUGAAGAAUUCAAAAGGAUCCUUGCAAAUUAUGACGAUUCACCGAUUAAGAACAUGCCUCGAAUUAGAGCAAAUAAAAUUAUUAAGCACUUAGAUGAGUCUUUUAACAAGAACCAUAAUAAGGUACAAAGAUUGCCAAACUUUAAUUCUGCUCCCAAGGUUCAGAAGCCUAAAAUUCAGGAAGUUCCUGAACCACAGAGAGUCCCUGAACCUAAGAAAGUGCCUCAGAAUGAGAAAAACCCUGAGCCAGAAAAUCAGAAGCUUUUCCCUGGCCAACUGCCUGGUUUGGGCGAUUUCUCUUGCUCAUCAAUUAAAUUUUCCCAAGAAGAUCAAACUGUUGUUGAAGAGAAUUAUGAUUUUGUGCCUGAAAUCCAGGAGUCUUGCCACGAAAUACUUGAUUUCUCAUGAUUACAUGAAAGAAAGACUAGAAAGCAACUUCUCGAAGACAUUUCAUUUGAGUCUGAAGUUCACAAUAUCUACAAUCCAAACUUUGAUUCGGAGAGUGAAGACUCUUUGGCAAUUAUUGAGCAAGAAGAGGAAAAUGAAGAGUCAGUCAAGAUCCCUUUCCUAAAGAAGAUCCAAUCAGUAGAGUCUAAGUGAGAGCCACUUCAUCCUAAAUAAAGCAAAGCAAAGGUUAGGCAAGGUAGACAGCCAGAGAGAAUCAUUUAAGAGCUUAUCAUUAUUUAAAAAGGGGCCUGUGAUGGUUCAUCACAGAAGUCUUGCUCUUAAAGAUUUGCCCAAGGAUGAUUCAAAGAACUCUAGCAUGAUCCAAAACAGACUUGCUGCUGAUUAUAAAUCUAACAAGCAUCACCAUGAUCUCCACAGGAACUACAGUGCAUCAAAUCAGAAUCCUCAAGCCUAUCCGAUCAUGAAGGAUAUAAUAAACCCCCGACAUUUCAUCUGAAAUGACAACCACUUAGACUCAGUGCUCAACUCCCUCUCAAUGAGCAACGAUGGAAGUAUUGCUAAAUAAGAAGAAAAAGAAAACAAGUAAGAAGAAUAGUUCUGGGACCAGAAAAUCAUUCCAUAAAAAGAACAGCUUUAUUCAUAAAAUGGCCCAGAAGAUGGAUGCAGAGCCUAGUGAAGAGACUGCUGCCACUAUGGGAAUCACCCACCGGAACACAAUUGAUCAUAAUUAUUUCGGUAUCUUGUUCAACAAAGGAAGCACUCAUCCUAAAUCCAAGCCAAAAAGUGUGAAAAGGAUCAAAGGAUUUUGAGAAAUAAUGAACGUUAAAAAUAUGGCGUCUCCUCACAAGCAUCUUCAUUUGGGAAAACAUAAGAAUGCAGAAGGCAUGCAUAUCAAUAGUUAUAACUUCAUGAGCGAGAAAUGAACCCCUAAAGGACACAGGGACUGAAAUACACCUCACGGGGAUACAAUCGGAUACAAUUUCGACAGUAUUCCAAGAUUAAGCAUGGUAGACUCGGCAAAAGAGCUCUACAAGAAUUUUAAAAGCAAAGAUAGCUUUAAGCUAGGUGUCCAAAGCAAGAAGUUGUAUAAGGAUUCCUUCAAGAAUAUGACAAAAGGGUCAUCUUUUAUAAACACUAUUCUCUCAGGCAAAAAGAAUAGUUCUGUUACUCAGGAUAUGUCUGUUUCUAGCAAGCCUUCAAGAAAGUCACGCAAACUUAAAAGGUCAAAGAGUAUGCAUAAGAAAGAUAGGAGCUUGAGCAAGUCAAAAGGAUCGAAAAAGGCUGAUAGUUCAGUAAAGCUAUUGCUCAAACCUCUUGGUAGUAAUCCUUUAUCACCAAAUCGCAGGAAUAAGAGAUUUAAAAAUAAAAAAAAAUCUCUAACAAAGGCAGAGUGUUUCAGCCCAUUCAAAUCUUCUGGCUGUCUUCCUUCAGAAGCUCCUAUGACCACUUCCUCCUUUAAAGAGAACUAUCUCCACAAUGACCAAGCGCAUUUCUACACCCAACAAUUCCCAUUCACCACCCAAAAUCCCUCUAAAAUCAAAAAUCCCAAAAACUCCACAAAACCACGACUCCCCUCCCAUCCAAAACUCAACCUUCACAAAAACAGCUAUGUGCCGUUCAACUACAAGUCAUUCGUUAAAGGGACCAAGAAUAAAGUAGGCAAGAACAAAAGAAGGAGGGCUUCUAGUGCAAAGGGUGGUAAUAGAUAAGUAAAAUUUGGAACGUUCA